AUGUCUUCUCCUACGCAUUCUACUGCCGAGCAAGAGAAGAUCUCAACCUAUAAUGAGAAACAAUCACAAUACAAUGCCUCCUCAGACCCGGAGAUUCUCGUUGGGGAGAUGAAAGAUGUCGACGACGACCGUGAAGUCUUUCGUAAAGGCGCCGAUGUCGAUUUUCGAACGGUCAGCUGGCAGAGAGCUUCCGUCAUCUUUCUCAAACUCAUCUUUGCAACUGGAGUGCUGAGCAUUCCGACUGCAAUGCUGUCUCUGGGGGCUGUGGGUGGUGCGUUUAAUGUUAUUGGAUGGGGAGCUCUCAAUACCUACUCGGCAGUCAUUCAGGGGGAUUUCAGGAACCGCCACUCAGGAUGUCAUUCGAUCGCAGACAUGGCAUUUGAAGUAGGAGGGACGUGGUUGAAGGAGACCGUGGGAUUCCUGUUCGUUGUGGCAUAUGUGUUGUGCACGGGCAGUGGAAUUCUUGGAGUCUCGGUCGGACUGAACGCGCUCUCCCACCACGCCGCUUGCACAGUCUGGUGGGCCUUCCUGGCGACUCUCGUUGUCGCCGUCGCAGCCUCGGUCCGGAAAUUCCAACAGAUGAGCUGGCUCACCUGGGCCGGCUUCCUCAGUAUCUUCAUCGCAGUCUUCAUCGUCGUAGUCGCCGUCACGACUCUCGACAGACCUGCCGCAGCUCCUCAAACAGGCGACUUUGAUCUCGGAUUCUACGCUAUCCCCGCUGGAGUGACUUUCGCGGCAGGUGUCGUUGCAUCCACGACCAUCUUCGUCUCCUCUGCUGCAACUAGCGCUUUUCUGCCCGUCAUCAGCGAGAUGAGGAAUCCGCGUGACUUUCGCAAGGCUCUUUACGUGUGCAUGGGGAUCGUCACGGCCGCAUAUCUAUCCCUUUCACUCGUGGUGUACCGCUGGGCUGGAAAAUGGGUCGCUUCUCCCUCUCUUGGAUCAGCUGGCCAGACUGUCAAGAUGGUCGCUUAUGGAAUCGGUUUGGUGGGACUGAUUGUCAGCGCUUGUCUAUACCUGCAUGUGGCCGCCAAGUAUUGUUUCGUCCGAAUUCUCCGCGACAGCCGCCAUCUUCAAAGUAACACCUUCAUACAUUGGGCGACAUGGCUGGGUUUGACGUUCGGAGGGGCCUUUCUGGCUUUCAUCUUAGCUGAGGCCAUCCCGAUUUUCAACUAUCUGAUAGCUUUGACGGGCUCAGUGUGCUUCGCGCCCAUAGCCAUCUCGCUGCCAGGAUAUUUGUGGCUAUUCGACCACAAACAAUAUCGAACGGGCAAUAUGCAGCAGCAGACCCUCUACUGGCUCCACGCGGUCAUGAUUCCUCUAGGUGCCUUCAUCUGCGUUGGUGGGACUUAUGGGGUGAUUGAGGAAAUCAUCAAGGCAUAUGCUAACGGGCAAAUCGGGUCUGCUUUCUCCUGCGCUGACAACUCAGGCUCCACUUGA